AAAACUUGUUGUAACUGGUACUAUCAUACCAGAACUUCACUACGGUCCAUACUUAUGUGACUGGUGGAUUUUUUUUAAAAAAAGUCAAAAUGUGCCAUCUCCGAUUCCAAUAUGUUUGGGACUUGAGCCUGGUUAUAUAUGUGAAGGUGGCAGACAAAGUAGUGAUAUUGUUACAAGUUCAUCUAAUGCAAUUACCUUAGUUUACCAAGCCAUUUUUGGUACUAAAACAAAGUUUGCGAGCCUUUCAUAUUUGGGCUUAGAGCAAACUGAAACAUCACAAAAAUUACUAGAAGGUGUUGUUUUUUAUCCCUUUAUUAUUAAACUUGUUACUUACCCUUCAUCCACUCAUCAUGAACCUACUCACGAAUUCAUCCCUCACCACAAACCUACAAAUCAACCUAUUCACCAUAAACCAACCUAUAAACCCAACUACAAAUCCACCUACAAAUCUAUCUACCUGAAAGAUUCAAGUGUAGAUCAAGACUUCCCUCUAAAUAUAGGAAGGGCCCUAAAAGAAAAUAUGAAACUUGCAGGAAAUUUGAGAGCCGAUGAUCGUUACUCACCUAAAAAUAUGCAUGCCAGUUUAGACGCAAAUUUCAAAAAAGAAGCAUUGGAAAAAGCACUGUCAGAAAAUAAUAGUAAUAUUUUAGCAUUUGAAGAGACUAGUAGUAAAUAUCAAAAAAUAG